AUGCCGCCGCCCCAGUGGCAACUGAAUCGCGGCGUCUCGUCUAAGGAGUCGGUGUCUGGUCUGCCUGGCUCUUCCACCUGGGUGCGGAACCCACCGCCGGCUCUCGGCAGUGACUGCCAGGGCGGGUCUUUGGGAGGCGGUUCGGUUCCGCAGCCGGGGUGCGUCCCCAGCCAUGUAGCUUCUGCUUCCUCCUCCGGUGUUGACUCUCGAGCCCCGCCCUCAUCUUCCGAGGCGCGUGAAGACCCGAAGAGUGUGGCGCGUCCCCGUAUGUCUCUGAACGACCGGCCUGCGCGGCACCAGUGGGGCUUCCCUGGCGCUUCCUGCGACGCAGGGAGCAGCAACGGACACCCCCGGUCGGCCUCCCCCCUCGACUGUGAAACAGCCUCCGGCGACGGGAAUCCCCGCCGACGGACGAUGGGAGGGAACGGGUUAGGCGAGCGCGUGCCUUUCCAAGACAUGCCGCCGUUUACCCCUCGCGUGCAAAACGGAGACGAGAGCAAAGCGGGGUGCGCCACGGCGGCGGCAGGCUCCGACCGUCCACAAGACGCGUGGACGGCCGGUCCUCAAGAAGAGAGGCAACAGGGAUCACGGGACCCGCCGCACGUGCUCGGCGCCGAGGGUGCUUCUUUCUUCGGCGCCUUCGACCCGCCCGAAGCAAGACCAGAUCGCGGCGGUCCCCAGCCAACCAGUGUCUGGGGGGACAGCCCGUCUCCGCCCUCGUCUUCUGUCUCUUCUCUGGCGUCUCCGACUCAGAGGUCGGGCUCCACAGCUCCUCUGUCUCACCGUCUUGGAGCGAACGCCGCUGCGUCUACCGGCCAGGGCGAGCAGACGCAGGGUCGGCAGGGGCGCAAACGCAGGUGCAUGCUGUCUUUGUCUCGAAAUCCUUCGGAAAGUGGCGGCGCUUUGUCAGCCGAGCCGCCGACUGGCGGGUGGCCCCCAGAGGAACGUCCGAAACGCAGUGCGACCAGCGAGACUUGGGGCGGCUCGGUCGCUGGAAACCAGCCGUUUGCGAGCGGUGCGUUACGCGGCCGGCUGGUGUCGCAGGGAGCAGAGUGGCGGCUUGCCGACCCAGCUUUCCCGUCUCCGUGUGCGCCCUUGGCAUGCCCCGCCUCGCCGUCUGCAGGACAAGAGCUCGCUGUCCACUGGCAAGCCUUCCGGCACCCGGCGCGGAGCCGACAGGAAGAGAGGGCGAGGACGAUUCUGCGAGUGCAGGAGGAGCAGAGACAGGUUCUCCUGGAAAUUCAACAGCAGAGAGAGGAGGCGAGACAGCGAGGCGAAGAGCUGCCGGACGAGCCGCCGCCAGAGUUGGCGUGCAAGAUGUGUGGCGUGGACGACAGCGGAAAUCUCCUGCACCCUGGAUGCGUCGACAUGGGCGAGUUUCUGGCGUCCCUCGGGGGACUUUACGAUGUAGGCCUGGACCAGGAGGAGGAGAAAAACGUUCAGGAGGAAAUCCAGAGUCUGCAGGAGAGGCUGCAGCAACUCCUCGUCAAGAUGGGCCGGUCUUCUGGUCGCGGGGAAGGCGGCGGAGGUCCCGUCUCGCAGAAGGAGCCAGCGCGAGUGCCGGAGGUUGUCUUCCGGAAUAUCCUGGAGAAAGAGAUAAAAAGUUUUCAGGAUUUGGUCAUCGAUGAACAUAAAGAGAAGAAGAAACUCUUCAGACAGCUCGCUGGAGGGUGUCGACGGCACGUGGAAGCUGUGGAGAAGAAGAAGCAAAUGAAAGCCGAGGAAGAAGAACGGCGGCUGCGAGCUGUGGCAAAGAGCACAUGUGGCCCUGUGGAGGUCUUCUGGCAACGCAUUGAGCGCCUCGUGUGGGAACGCGAAAAGCGUCAGCUGCAGCGACAGUUGCACGAGAAGAAGAAACAGAGACUGGAUCGCCUUGUAAACGAGGCCAUGCAACAGUGCCGCCGGCUUGCCCAGGGGCUCCGGAAGCCGUGCGCCUCGGGGGAUCAGCCUCGACCGGCUCAGCUCGAUGGAGGCAAACGGCUAACGUCAGAGACGACCAUGUCUUCUCGCCGCAACAGCAUCUUUUCGGAAGAGGAGGCCAAGGAGAGAGGGAAAGGGUCGAGACGGAACGCAGGCCACCAGACUUGUGGCCGAGACUGGACGAAGAGAGAGGCGAGAGACGAAGGCCGGCUGACGGAGGAGGCAGGAGUGGACGAAGAUGAGCAAGAGUGGACAGCCUCGAAGUUUGCCAAGGACCAGGAAGAAGAAGAUGACCGACUGGAGGCAGAAAUGGAAAGGGGGGAAGGAGAAGAACAAGAAGACAUCGAGAGUGAACUGCGGGGCUUACAAGAUGAAGCCGAUAUGCCUGUGGAGGAACUCUUGAAGAGGAUCUACGGAGUGGAAGGCGGUCAGACCCAGCUGGCUUCGGAUCGGCGAAAGGAGCAGAAAGAGAAAGCCCGCAGAAAGGACGAAGAAGAGGAAGGCGAAGACGAGGGCGACGAAGAAGAUGGAGAAGAAGAAGACAGAGAAGAUGAAGACGAAGAAGGAGAAGAGAAUCAAUGGUCAAUGUUAGUGUGUUCAAAGGAGCAAGAAGAAGAAGACGAACGUCUCGACGAUGAAAUGGAGAAGGAAGAUGACGAACAAGAAGACCCAGAAGCUGAGCUCCGCGGGCUACAAGAUGAAGCAAAUAUGCCAGUCGAUGAAUUGUUGAAGAGGAUCUAUUGUGUAGCGGGGGGCGAGGCACAGCUGGCUGCGGACCGGCGGAGGGAGGCGGAUAACCAGGUGCGCAGAGAAAAGACGGUCCGAGAAGAGACAGAAGACAGAAAAGAAGAACGACAUGCAGAGGGAGAAGAAGGGGGACAACAACCCCAUGCAAUUGAGGAGAGGGCAGCACGGUCAGAAGGUGAAGCAGCGGGAGACAGGCUGCGUGGUAACGACGAUUCUGCAGACGACGACAGGAGCGAGUUCAGCUUGGAUGGCGGGUGUUUCGGGAAGCAAGAGGAAGAGGAUGAAGAACUCGACGCCGCAAUGAAAGACGAGGACGAUGAGGAGGAAGACGAGUUGAAGAGGCUGCAGGAGGAUGCCGAGAUGCCCAUAGACGAGCUCAUUCGAAGGUUUGGCGCCCCGUCUUCAGGGCCCAGGCCGUGCCGAGAGGAGACGAGCAGCGACGAAGAGGAAGUCGUCGUCCCUGUCCACCGCAGUGUGCGUCCGAGGCGGUCGCGCGGCGAUUCCCGCUGUCAGCUGGAGGAGUCGUCGGAGGCCUCUCCGUGCCGUUCCCCCAGAUGUCUCAGUCCCGGUCAGGCAGGUGAAGAGAGUGAGGCAGUGAAAAGAGAGGAAGGCGCGGCAGAGGACCCGCCGGGGGGUGAAAUGCGCGAGGAGACGAAGGCUGGAGACGCGUCGCCUUCUCAGGAUAUGCGGGCAGAUCUCUUGAAGCAAGAAGGUUCGGAGAAAGCGCGGAACGUACACCUGGGGGGGUCUCCGGGUUCCCCGGCGUCGGUCUACGAAGGCAAACACGUCUCACCGACUGGAGACAGCCUGAGAAGCGUGAAGAGCGUGAAGAGUGAGGAGGGGGGCUAUGUUAAGCGUUUGUCUCCUUUGCGACCGAGCCACGCGGAGGCCGCCGCUCCCCGCUCUUCGCAUCACGCAGGCGCACCUGCAGUGGCGAAGAAGCAGGAGAGGACGCAUGCGUCUUUGCCAUCGGAGCCUUCCGGGGGUCAGGACGUGGACGAUCUUCCAGGCCCGAGUCCGAAGGAGGAGUCCGACGCGGAGGGGCUUCCAGCUGCCUCGCCUGGUGCGUCGUCCCUUCCGUCAAAUCCUGCUCCGGCGCUGGUCCGGGCGACCCUCCGCACGUACCAGUCGGAGGGCGUUCAGUGGCUCUUUGCGCUUCACGACAAAGGCUUGAAUGGCAUUCUGGCAGACGAAAUGGGGCUGGGGAAGACGCUGCAGACGAUUGUGCUCCUCGCGCGACUGGCGCUGGAGCGCGGCGUGUGGGGCCCGCACCUGAUCGUCGUGCCAACGAGCGUAAUGCUCAACUGGGAACGCGAGUUCUUCAAAUUUUGCCCGGGUUUCAAGGUUCUCGUUUACUUUGGGAGCGCGCAGGAGCGUGCGAAGAAACGCACAGGCUGGUCGCGACCGUAUGCGUUUCACGUGUGCAUUGCCUCCUACUCGACGGUGGUAAAAGACGCACAGAUCUUCAAGCGGAAGAAAUGGUACUCUCUCGUCCUCGACGAGGCCCAAAACAUCAAAAACUUCCACAGUCGGAGAUGGCAAACGCUCUUGACGUUCAACACCCAACAUAGGCUUCUCCUGACGGGAACGCCACUGCAGAACAACCUGGCCGAGUUGUGGUCUCUCAUGCACUUCCUCAUGCCCACGGUGUUCCAGUCUCACGAAGACUUCAAGGAAUGGUUUGGAGACCCUCUCACAGCCGCAAUCGAACAGGAGCAAGUGUCAGAGCAUCAGCAGUUGCUGGAGAAGCUCCACGCCCUUCUUCGUCCGUAUCUCCUGCGUCGCCUAAAGAAAGACGUGGAGAAGCAGAUGCCCCGUAAAUACGAGCACGUUGUUCGCUGCUCUCUCACCAAGAGGCAGAAAUGCCUGUACGACGAAUUUAUGCAGAGACGCCAGGUCCAGCAGACCAUGGCCGCUGGCAAUUAUAGAGGCAUGAUGAAUAUCCUGAUGCAGUUACGGAAGGUGUGUAACCACCCCGAUUUAUUUGAGCCUAGGCCCAUCGAAACUCCCGUCGGCGGCGGAGGGGUCAAUGCGUUGUCUUACGACAUCCCGGCCAUGGUCUGUCUGUGGCUCUAUGAGCCGUGGAAUUGGAGCAUCGAGGAACGCUUUCGGCGGGUCACGCUGCCUAUCGUGUCCUUGAUCCACUACGAGAUGCGGUUCUCCUCUCUGCAGCAUGGCCUGGCCCAGAAUUGGUCUCCACUUCGCCUUCUCUGCCCUUCGUCUUCCUCGCCGCGUUUGCAGUCUUCUUCCCCCUUUGACCUUUUGGCUGUCGCCACGCCUGUGGAGGGAUGUGACCUCCUCUCCCUGCCUCAGCCGAUAUACACGCGUCGCCUGCAUGCGAGCCAGAAGGGGAACGCGUCCCUCUGCGGGCCGCCAUGCUCUGCGUCUUGUUCAGCGUCGGAGAGGGCAGCAGUCGCCGAUCUCACCGCUCUGUCUCCGCGUGUGUCUGUCGAGAAACAAGGCACGGCGUCUUCUCUGUGGCCUCCUCCGCGAGAUCAAACGGACCCAGAGUUGGUUCUCACUUGUCAUUCACCUGUCCCUUAUUCCCAGGUGUCCUCUCUCGUUCGCAUGUCGGAGUAUCCAGUGGAAGCUGGACCCUGUCGCGCGUCGCCUCCCGUGUCGAGCGGCGAAGCCGGAAGACCUGGCGGCACGCGUCCACGUGACUCUCCUGCGCCUCUGGCAACUGUCGCUGUGCCCAUCGUUUCCACUGUCUCCUCCGGUCUCCUUCAAGGCCCCCCGUUUCGGGGUCGGUCGCCCUCUCCUGUUCAGUCUUCCGCGCCUCCGUUCUCUGUUGCUCCCCCUGCUCCCCUGUCGUGGCUACCGGUGGCUGGGUCGGUGGAUUCCCACGGUCAGCCGGUUGACGCUCUGUCGCCCAACUCGGUUCUUCAGUCUCCUCCCUCGCCGGCUUGUAGGGCUUCCGCCCGGUCGUUUUCCGCGGCGCUCCCUCUACGAGGUCCGACACCUGCACAGGCACGCACAGAGGGAGAGGCGUGUCUCCCUGCGGGGGUCAGACCGCGUGCGGGGGACAGAGAAGAUGCCUCCGGCGCAUCGCUCGGAUUUCGUGGAGCGUGUGAAUCUACAGGGUGCCUCGGCCACACCGAGAACCAGCGACAGUCGCCCGACAUCAGCCGCACCUCGCCGCUGACGCCGGUGGAUACCUGCAGCGGUCCGGACUGCGAAGGACAGGGAGAGGGAGGACACAUAGAAGGAAUAGCAGUGGACGAGCCGCGGCUUUUCAGCGCAUCGGGUGUCCACGCGUCGUCUCCAGCUCGCGUCUCAUUUCAGUCCUGUGGGAGUCAGAGACCCAUGCCCUCCUUCGCAAACUCGGAAGAGACGGGCGAGAUCAGUGGAAGAGGCGCACAACCUCCGUCCUCUCCCAACGGUGUGCCGGGUUUCCCCGGCGUCCUCCCACGUCUUCGUGCGUCGGACGAAUCAGCUCCUGCCGUGGCUGGGUCAUCCUCUCUGUCUUCGUCUCGAUUGUCUCCUUUCCGGCCUGUCUCCGAGUCUGGGCAAGGAGACGCGGGGACGUUCGAGGCCGCCCAGCUCCCGCCGCCUCAAGACUCCGAGCCGGUCUCGUCUGCGCCGGCGUUUCCCGGCCGCCUGGCAUGUGUAGGAGACCCAAACGUGGAAAAAGAGAAGGCGCUGGUUGCCGGUGGAACUUCGACCAGCUUGCGCGCUUCCGCCCGCGCGGCUGCCCGGCGGUCUCGUGAGGAGGGACGCGCAACGAACGAGGAGUCGCUGCCAAAGGAACACGACAGACACCAUUUGGCGAAGGCCCCAGCCGUCCCCUCGACGCAGUCUUCCGUCCUUCCUUCGCUUUCGUCGACGAAGAGAAGAAGACUGUUGCGUGCUGCGAUGAGUCCGACUCCAGGGGGAAAAAAGGGCCCAGGCGCUGAGUCCGUCGUGCCUUCCCUCGGGUCUCUCGUCGAGGUUCCGCUUCUCCGGAACACGUCUGAUACGAGCAACGCACAAGUCACGCCCCACUCGGCUUCUGCCUCGUCUGCCUUGCCCGUCUCCUUGGUGCUCACGCAACCGUUUGGCUGCGCGUCAAUCCCCGAUUUGGACGGUUUUCUCGCCGCCCAUGCCCGGCGCCGUUGCUGGGGUCGUGACCGUCGCCGCCUUGUACGGAACUGUUUCCCCGUUCCUCCUGCCUUUGUAUCCCAUCUCCUCCACCAGCAGGAGGACAGCGAGAAGGAUGGCAAGGUUGUGGAAGACCAGGAUAUGGUUUUGAAGAGCGGCGAGGUAGAGGCCGGUGCUCUAUCUGCUGGGCGGGCCGACUCUCUGGGUUCUCGCGCCGGCGCUGGAGGCAGCUCAGGAGGGAUCUGCUCCCCAGCUACGUUGGACAGGGGCAAACCCCGGCGGCAGAUGCCCAGGGGAAUCAAGCGAGCAGGCACCCUAUGGAGGCGCUGGGUUUCCAGCGAAAGAUGCGAAAUGCAGCCGGGUUUGUGCCUCGUCGACGCCACAGGUGGCGAGUCCUUGCUAGACAGCCUCACGCCGCCAAGUGAGUCAGAAUAUAGAGACGGUGCUGGAGGCGAAGAUAGAGGCGCGCAGAAAGCUGACUUCCCGACAACGCUUCUCGCACGACCAGGCGAACCGUUCAGCGCUGCUGUCGACGCUAACGAAGGGACGCGGAUGCGCAAAGCAGAGUUCUGGCGAUCAGAAGAGAUGCGAUGCCAGGCUUCACAGGCGGUGUUUCUGUUCAACUCUUGUCUCUCUCUCGCGUCGCCUCCACCCUUUGGCGGCCGCGACACUCGGGAGCUGCUCAGGAAGGAAAUCAGUCAAUCUCCCUUGAACCCCAUCGGCAGCGUCCACGAGCCGGUCCGAAUCUGCGAGGAUUUCCUGGCUCGAACGGAGACCCUUCGGCGUAUCACCCCGACUCCUACAGAGGUCUUUGACCGUGACCAGACUGUCAUUCUCCGCUGCUCGGUUCUCUGCAAUCCACGUGUCCAACCCGGCGCCCCCCGUAUUUUUCUGCGAGGUCCUGGUGGCAUCCAAGCUCGGGAGAACUCGUUUUCGGCGUUCGCGGAGAGUCUCGACUUUCUCCAGGGGAGCGCAGCCGAGCUCCAUGAGGCAGUUGAGAGACAGCGGCGCAUCUUCCCUCACAAGCAGACUCUGCAAGAUGACUGCGGUAAACUGAUUAUUUUGGCGGAACUUCUGACCAAACUACGAGCUGAUGGCCACCGGUGUUUGCUGUUUACACAGUUCAGCAAAAUGCUGGAUGUGCUCGAAUCGUGGAUCAACCACCAGGGCUUCACGUACGUGCGUUUGGACGGCAGCACAAAGGUCGACCAGCGUCAGAGAGUUGUGACAAGAUUCAAUGCCAGUCCACGGAUCUUUUUGUUUAUCUCCUCCACGCGCGCUGGAGGCGUCGGCCUGAACCUCACCGGCGCCGAUACGGUUAUCUUCUACGACACAGACUGGAACCCUGCUAUGGAUCGACAGGCGAUGGAUAGGUGCCAUCGAAUCGGUCAGACUCGUGACGUACAUGUCUACCGUCUUGUCACUGAACACUCGAUCGAAGAGAACAUCUGGCGCAAGCAGCUCCAGAAGAGACUCCUCGACGAGGUUGUCGUGGAUCGCGGCCUUUUCACCAUGGAAAAUACAACGCGGGAGGGUCAUCUUGGGCAGCAGACUCAGGACAAGGAUGCCGCUCGAGAGUGGUUUGCCAAUGCGGAGACGCUGAAGGAUCUGCUGGCUUCCCCGGAGGACAGUAUUGCGAAGUCAGGCUUCAAGGGCGACAUAUAUGCAGACCGUAUUCUACAUGACUCUGGAGAGGACCACCCGGAUGAUGCUGAGUCUGUUGCGCCAGUGGCGCGGUCGGGCAAAAAAGGCGAAGCGCUAGGAAGAGGAGGGGAGUUCGAAGCAGCCAUUCUGGAGGUCGAAGACGUCGAAGAUGUGGCUGCCAUGCAGCAAACGACAAGGGAGGAAAAACAAGCGAAACAGGAGAUGCAACAGGAUUUCCGAGGGGAAAAAAUAGGCGACGAAGGCGCUGUAGAUUUGAAUGGUGCGCUGGAGCGCAUGCCCGCGUUAGCAGCGUACUGUGUUCGCCUAAUCAACGAAAACAAACCACCAAGCCUUCUUGCGCAAAUAGCUCAGCUCAAGAUACAAGUCCGAGCUGAAGGUAACGAAGACGAAGCGAAGCAGAGCGAGGAAGACAGGCAGAGUGAAUCAGAGGAACCAUCGGAGUCCAGCGACGGGGAUGGACCGGCGCUGUGGGAAAGUGAGAUCGAAUCCGAGGAAACGGACGAAGAGUAG